UGCUGGCGCCAUAAAAGCUACAGCACUCCGCCCGCGACUCUCGACAUCUUACCGCCUCGAGUGCCGGGCACAGCUCGCAGCAACUCGUCACAAUGUCGGAAGCCAUCGGUUCAGUUCGCACGCUGAAGCGUAAAAAUGUGAAAGGGCUCGCUUUAGCUGCACCAGCGCCGCGAACAGUCGCACCUUCUGAGAGCGAUCUACAGAUCCCUGGCGGCAACAGUGGUGAGAAUGCAAGGCAGACCGCACAACUAGAGAUCGGGAUCGAGUACAAGCUGGACCUGAAGAGGGAGGAUUUGGAGGUCUUGAAAGACCUGGGACACGGAAACGGAGGCACUGUCAGUAAGGUUCGACAUAUGGCGACGGGAACCAUCAUGGCAAGAAAGAUCAUCCACGUUGAGGCCAAGAAAGAGAUGCGCCGUCGGAUUGUUCGGGAGCUGCAGAUCAUGCACGAUACCAACUCGGAAUUCAUUGUGAACUUCUACGGAGCUUUCCUGAGUGACAACAACGAUGUUAUCAUGUGUAUGGAAUAUAUGGACGUUGGUUCGUUGGAUAGAAUUUCACGCCAGUUUGGUCCAGUCCGGGUGGAUGUGUUGGGCAAGAUCGCAGAAGCAACUCUCGGUGGACUCACCUACCUCUAUACCAAGCAUCACAUCAUGCACCGAGACAUCAAGCCAUCGAAUAUCUUGGUAAACUCCAAGGGGCAAAUAAAGCUCUGUGAUUUUGGAGUAUCCGGCGAGUUGGUUAACUCUGUAGCAGACACUUUCGUUGGAACGUCGACAUACAUGGCGCCCGAGAGAAUUCAAGGCCAAAAAUACACGGUCAAGUCAGAUGUCUGGAGUUUCGGUCUUGCCAUUAUGGAGCUGGCUAUUGGCAAAUUUCCCUUCGAUGCAAGCGAGCACCUUUCGGACGGCGAUGGAGCACCAUCUGGCAUUCUGGAUCUCUUGCAGCAAAUUGUGUACGAGCCAGCACCGAAGCUUCCAAAGAGUGAGGCCUUCCCGCAAAUUCUAGAGGACAUGAUACAAAAGUGUAUGGCGAAAGCACCGGAGGAGCGACCAACCCCACAAGAACUUUAUGAGCGAGAACCCUUCGUACAAGCUGCCAAGCGUACACCUGUUGACUUGAAGGAGUGGGCUGUAGGCUUGAUCGAGAGAGAUAACCGAAAAUCUCAUCUUGCACCGCAACUAUCUCCAUCUACUCAACAAUUACUUCGCUCUGGCGACUCGCCAACGGGACCUUACGCCACAAACUCUCCAGAUUACUCUCUGCCAACACCAACCUCCGGCGAUAUUCCAAUUGGUGGAGGUGACGUGCGAUCCGCAAUCACAUCACCGCAGUACACUGAUCGUUCACCAACCAAGAAUGGUAGCAUUGGGCGUGCAGGAGGUGCUCCUUUCCACCCUGGACUUCCACCAAGAGUGUCUACCACCAAUUCUGUUCCUAAAGUCACAACCCUAAACGCACCCGACCAAGCUUCCAAUGGACCCUCAAGUGCUGGCGCUGCCACCUUCUCUACAACGACACUUCCAAUGCGACCCGCACCUCCAGCGGGACCAUUACCCCCGCCUCCCGUCCCUCGAAAGGAGGAUUCGGAUUUGAAGAAGGAGAGUCGGCGACAAGCAACAUUUGGAAAUGGUCUGUACGGAUCUGGCUAUCCAGCGAGUGGUACAGGUCAAUAAGCCCAGCAACCUCGCUUCUGCAUAUUCUUCUCAUCCUCCUCUUCUUUUCUCGAGACCGCUAUCACCCAUGAUGCAUAUCUUGGCGCACCAUAUGUUUGAUUCCACCUUUUCUUUUGUAUCAUGCAUGUCACUUUUGCAAUUCGAAUGGGCAAUCUGAACCUCUGAAAAAGAGGAAGUAUGGAAGUCUUAAAUGAAAGUACGGCGGUGCUUCAGGCGUUUUAGACAAGCAAACUUUACGAUUCUACU